GACCAGCAAUGUGAGACGCUACCUGUUCGGAGCUACAUCUUUGGCUGCUGUUCUAUGCAAUUACCCCAAUUCUACAACCAACAACGCAGUUGCAAAGUAUUGGUUAACAAAUUGCUAUACGUGAGGAUGUAUUGCUGAAGACGCACUACCUUGAAUAGCCUGAGUUUUAUAAGAUAAACUGCCAAUGCGCUCUCUGCGCUGUCGUCACCAACCAUUCUCUUCAAUUGACAGACCUGCGUCGCGCAAAAUCGCGUUAGCAAAGGCGGUUAAAGUUAGCCGCACUUUCGGUCAUAUUGCGGUUCGCCCCUCUGCCGCUGCAUCAUUGCUGCUGCUGCGGGCAGUCUCCUCAGCCGCCCCUGCUGUCCUUUCUGCAAAGGACGACUCAGACCCUCCUAGAAAUGUGGGCCCGCAAGGUCCAAAGUUGCCGCCGCGGCCUGUAAAGCCAAAAGCUUCCAAGGAUGGCAAGAAGGCAGGCGGAGAUAGCGGUGGAGAUGGCGGUGGCGGAGGUCCAGGACCCAGCGGCACUCGUGCCCUAGCGGCACUUGCAGCACACACACUCUUGGGAACGGCAGCAAUCGUCCUAGCAAACCUUGCGGGCAUAGACCUCUGGGAAAGCUUUCGGUGGUCCUCUUGGGAAGACCUGCGGCUGGCGCUGAUAGCGAGCAUUCCACUGCAACUGCUUAACGCCGCGAUACUCCUGCCUAGCUACGGCUCGCAGCGUCUACCGGACUUGGGCGAUUUGAAGGCGUUCGAGGAACGGCUCCAAGAGGAGCAACGCAAGCAGGAGGCAGCUCAUCGGGCCCAGCAAGCCCCGCAGGUGCCCCAAGAGGCUUCCCAGCCCGCCCAGGCCCAUGGCAACGGUACGGCAGUCGCAGCAGCAGCUGCAGCAGGCGGGGCCGGAGGGGCGCAUGUGCCGGAGGGGUCUCUUGCUGGUGAUGCAGCAGCAGGUGGCUUAGCAGCAGGAGGCGGCCCGGCGCCUCCAAGGGCUAGCGGACCGCCUGAAGGAGUCCUGCCAGCGGCUUGCUGGGGAGGAGGCAGCCAGCCGGCUGACGGCAGCGGAGUCGAAAGCAGCAGCAGCGGCAGAGAGAGCGGCAGCAGCAGCAGAGAGAGCGGCAGCAGCGGCAGUAGUCGCGGUGGCAGCAAGAGCGGCAGCGCGGGUGGCGGAGGUGGAGGAGGAGGUCCCGGGGGGCUUCAGGGUGUAGGCAGUGACGAGCGGGAGGGCGACCAGUGGUGGGGCUGGCGAGGUGCACUGCAUCUGGCUCAGGGCUACUACAUUAGUAAUAACCCAACCGCCAAGCUAACGCCACGUGUUGAGGCGCUGAUGGCUGUUGUGGAUACAGCAGCGGGGGAGAUGCUGUACCGUGGUGUGGCGCUGACGUGGCUGGCAGCGUGGCUGGAGGAUCGCGUGUACGAAGCUGGCUUGGGUGACUCAAUCUCUGAGCUGAUGCCGUCAGCAGCGGCGUUGGAUGUGCACAGCAGUUGCGAAUGGGCGGUUGCGGCGAUUACUGCGUCGUUUGUGCUCUGGUACGUCGUCUACAAAUCAAAGCGAGCGGCGCGAACAGUUGAGCAGUUGGUUGGAAACGCACUGGCGGCCCGCAAGGGAAACAAGAAAGAUGCCGCCGGCCAGGCAGGCGAGUCCAAAACCAGCAACGGCAAUACCAGCGGCACCAGCAACCGCCCCAGCACAGGGCCUUUGGGCAGCGGCGGCGAGGCGCCUCCCGGCCCCAGCACCACCACCAGCACCACCACCAGCAGCAACAGCAGCAGCAGCACCAAGCCCCCGGCCUCAGGUUCGGCUCGUGUGCUGAUCGGUGGCCCCGGGGGCGCCCAGGAGGUGGGCUUCGCGGGCAGUGUGGCCAACACGAUGGGGGUGCUGCAGCGCGCGGGGGCGGUGCAGGCCGUCCGAGAUGCAGUGCAGGUCCUGAUCAUCAACGGCAUCUUUGUGGCUAGCGGCGGCAACCUGGCCGCCUCCUUCGCAGCCGCGCUGACCAACCAGCUGAUUAUCAGCGCAUUGCAGCGGAGGGGCGUGCAGCGCAUGCGGGAGCGGAGUGCGGCGCUAGCAAAGGAGCUCAAGGCAUACAAUGCGGAGGUGCAGCGGAUCAAGCGCAAGUACAAGAGCAAGCUGCCACUGCCGCCGGCGACCGCAACGGCGGCGGAAGGCACCGCCGCCGAGGACGGGCCGACCGCCUCCAUAAGCACUCCUCCUGGCAGCACCGCCGCUGACAGCGCCCUGGCAGCAGCUGAAAGCAGCAGCGGCGGCAAUCCCGAAGCUACGGCACAGGGGACUCACACGCUUGCCGCCGUGCAACAGGAGGCGCCUGUCUCAACGCAUGAAGGCAAGUCUGUGAUUGAUCCCGAUGCUACUGGGUCACCGGGGCUGGCGCCCCACUCGCCUGGUUGCGUCCUAGCUAGCGGCAAGGUCACAGCAGCAGCGGAAGGCCCUGGCAGCGGCAGUAGCAGCGCCCAUGGGAGCAGCAACAACGAGACCAGCGGAAAAGACAGCACUUGCAGUAGCACUCACACGAGCAGCUUAGAUCGCGCUCUUGCGAUGCUGGAGCAGUUGGUACCGGAGCAGCCUAAGACAGGGGCUUAACAGGACGAGUAGCGACAAUUGGGGAACAACUGCAGAGGAGCAAGGACCCAAGUGUGACGCGGAUACCGGACGAAGGUGUGCUUCAACUCAAGUGGGAUGCAAGUUUUGGUGUAGACGCCGCAUUUACUGGACACAUUAGGACCGUUCAGGUUGUCGCUUCGAACUGAGGGUGCCACCAAUAGAGAAUGAGAGGAGUGGGGGAGUGCGUGAGGGGCUAGAGCACUGCAUUUUAGACACCGGCAUACCGUAGGGACGGCGCACUUGCGCCCAGUGCAAGUUUAGACCCUUUGUCGUAGGGUUGUUCAGUUAGCCACCCUUGGGUGCUAGCAGCUGCGUAUAUUGGGUAUGAAUCGAAAUGGGACUGCCGUUCGCGCGGUCUUUGGCGCACUAGCUACCACGUGUGUUUGCUGUAGAUGCCGGAGGUAGAUGCCGGAAGUUGCAUCCUUUGUCCGUACAGCUCCGGCCGUUGGGUUCAGCAAUGCUUUGCAGGCAGCCUUUGAUGGACUGGGCUUGGUGCGUCGCAUGGAACGUGCCAUACGUACUAUGGGGCACAACGACAAGUGCCGCUUUGCAGUGCACGUUGCACAGUUAUGUUGGCAUCCUUGAUUUGCUGAAAUGGCAUGGGCUUCUGUACGGUACGGUGGCUUGUGCCGUAGCUUGGGGUUGUAGGCUCCAUCCUCGGCCUUUUGGGCUGAAUAAGAGUACGGUAUUCGGAGGAAGGCAGAUGUACUAUGGCUUGGGAUUUAAAGCAGUGAGCUGUAAGGGAUGGGAAAUG